CAAUGCGGAGAGACACAAAAAGUGAAACAGCUUGGCAAGUCCAAAACGUUUUCUUCUUGUCCUGAACGAUUUUGCUUAUUCUCCACGUCACCUCCUCUCUUCCCCAGCUGUGCAUGCCACCCUUCUUCCUUCCUCUCGCCGUCCUAUAAUUUAUCUCUUCUUCUUCGUUCUUUACCUCUGAGCAUCAGAGACACAAAAGGAAACAAUUAUCACUGUCUGGGCCAGUACCCUAGAUCUCCAUCUGUCCUUCAAGUUUCAACCAUAUCAUAGCGUCAGGAUUCGAAUUUUGAACCUUUCCCAUAAAACACACCUUAUUCGUCUGUGUACUUCAACAUUUCCUUUUUUUUUUUUUUUUCCUCAAAGUGUACCUGAACAUUCAAUCUUUUUCUUUCCAGAAAGGCACCACUCAUAGCCCACAAAUCAGAAAUGCUUCGCCUCUUAUCUUUCAUUACCUCUCUAUCCACAGCACUUCCAUACAUAGUUUAUUUUAUUCUUUUCCUUCUGUUUUUUGAGCAGAUCUCUUACUUGAUAAAGAAACGCCAAGCUCCUGGUCCGUCUCUUGUGCUUCCUUUUUUUGGCAACGCAAUCUCCUUGGUUAGAGACCCCACCAAAUUCUGGGAAGCUCAGUCUGCUCUCUCUUCUGGGUUUGGUUUCUCUGUUAACUAUAUCAUCGGGAGGUUCAUUGUCUUCGUUCGCGACACUGAGCUCUCCCAUCUUAUUUUCGCAAAUGUGAGGCCCGAUGCUUUCAUGCUUGUUGGUCACCCUUUUGGUAAGAAGCUAUUUGGAGAGCAUAAUAUGAUCUACAUGUUCGGCCAGGAUCACAAGGAUCUUCGCCAUCGGAUUGCCCCCAAUUUCACUCCAAGGGCACUUGCCACCUACUCUGAGCUCCAGCAGAUCAUCAUGCUGAAGCAUUUGAAGAAGUGGGAGACAAUGGCUAAGGAGAAGCCUAAUGAACCCAUCUCCCUGCGUCUGCUGGUUCGAGACAUGAACCUUGAGACUUCGCAGACUGUAAUGGUUGGACCCUACUUGAGCCCUGAAGCUCGAGAGAGGUUCAAGUUCGAUUAUAACUUAUUCAAUGUUGGCACCAUGAAGCUCCCUGUUGACCUCCCCGGAUUCGCCUUUCGAAACGCUAGGCUUGCUGUUGACCGCCUCGCCCAGACUCUAGCCGGAUGCACUAAACAGAGCAAAACGAUAAUGGCAAAAGACGAGGAGCCCAAAUGCUUGGUGGAUUUCUGGAUGAAAGAAACUCUCAGGGAAAUCUCAGAUGCGAAAGCAGCCGGCAAACCUGCACCACCUCAUACCAGCGAUGCCGAGAUUGGGGGCUAUCUCUUCGAUUUCCUCUUUGCUGCUCAGGAUGCUUCCACAUCUUCGCUUCUAUGGGCAGUGGCUUUGCUGGAUUCGCAUCCUGAGAUUUUAUCUAGAGUUCGAGAAGAAGUUACCAGCAUCUGGUCACCGCAGACCAAUCGUCUAAUCACUGCAGACCAGGUCAGGGAAAUGAAGUAUACACAGGCGGUGGCGCGUGAAGUUAUAAGGUACAGAGCGCCAGCUACCUUAGUGCCACAUGUCGCCGUGAAGGACUUUCCCUUGACGGAGUCAUACACAAUUCCGAAGGGGACAAUAGUGUUCCCGUCGGUGUAUGAGAGUUCGUUCCAAGGUUUCAUAGAAGCAGACCGGUUCGACCCGGAUCGUUUCUCGGAGGAACGGCAGGAAGAUCAGCGGUUCAAGAGGAACUUCCUGGCAUUUGGGGCCGGAGCCCAUCAGUGUGUGGGUCAGAGGUAUGCUUUGAAUCAUCUGGUGCUAUUUAUCGCCCUGUUUUCUACCUUAGUUGAGUUCAAGCGCCACGGAACGGACGGCUGCGAUGAUAUUGUUUACAAUCCAACAAUCAGUCCAAAGGACGGAUGCACAGUAUUCCUUUCUAGUCGAUGCACAGAAUUUCCCAGCUUCUGAACAAAAUAUUUGUGGUCAAACAAUGGUAUUUUUCUUUAAAACAAUAAAAGUUAUUAAUUUGUACCUUUUUAUUAUUGUGUGGGUUAGGAUUCUUUUGAUUAACGGUGUGGGGGAACAUUGAUUGGUGAGGGAGACCGGCUUUGGUGUAAGUGGGAAUCGAAAUAAAUGUGUGCUCUGUAUUGGGUAAAUGAAAUUAAUUUGAAAA